UCAGCAACCUUCAACAACAUGGAAACCAAUUGAAAAACAUGAAUCAAGAGCUGAAAACUCACGUCAAAGAUCUUCAACAGCAUGGCGAUCGAAUGGAAAACAAGAAUCAUGA